AUGACAGCGGGGCCGGCGGCCGGCAACGACAUUUUCUCCUCUUCCUUCUCUUCCUGUCCCGGCAACGUCGGCUGCAGCAACAACAUCUUCUCCUCCUCUUCCUUCUUCUCCACCAGGGCUGGCGGCGGCAAUGGCGUCUCCUCCUCCUUCUCCGGUGGUGGCGGCGGCGGCGCGGCGACUGCGGCAACGGUGGCUUCUACUUCUCCUCCUCAAGGAGCGACGGCAGCGGAGGCGGGGCCAACGGCGGUAACGACGUCUUCUCCUCCUUUUUCUCCCGCAGCAACGGAGGAUGCGGCUUCUCCUUCUUCUUCUUAUUUGGCGGUGGCGGCAGCAGAAGAGGCGGUGGCAGCAGGUUUCCGGAGAAGCUUUUGA